UUAAAUUAGUGAGGAUUACUGAACGAAGUCAUAAAAAAGAAGAACAAGAAAAAGAAAUGUGAACGUAACAGAAUCAAAUUCUCUUUUAGAAAAGAUGUUUUUUCCUAUUGGAUGGCCGCGAGUCCUAAAUUGCACGGAACCGGAUAAAAUAAAGGCCAUUGUUUGUAAUAGAGAUAAAAUAUUAUUUGCUAUAUUAACGACAGAUUUUCUUACCAUCUGGUAUUGCAAGCCUUGUAUACCUAUCGUGUUUAUAAGAAGAACUGCUGAUUCUUUGAGAAAGCACGGAGAGAAUAUCUUGGUACAAUGGAGACCAGAUUCCAGUAUGUUAGUUAUCGCAACAUCCGACAGCUAUCUACUGUUUUAUCGAUUAGCAGACAAAGGUCCAGAAGGAAAAAGCCUUUACGAACAAAGAGAUUCUCCUGUUACAAGCCUAAAACGUGAUAGUGCUGAACUUUUCAUUAAAGAAGUUAUUCCAUCUUUAGUUUUGUCUUUCGAAAAGUCUGCCUGGAUAGAUGGUGGAAUUAGUUCUUUAGUAUGUAUACGUGAUGAACUUAUGGUUGCAACAAAAACAAGUCAUGUAAUACGGCAUAAAUGGGAUGGUACAGUAAAUCGAGACUAUACACUUGAUUUACGUAGAAUACCGUUUAGCGUAGACCAACAAAUAUCCACUACAGCUGUACCGCUUACUGAAAACAAUGCCUAUGUUAUGGAUAUUGAAUAUUCUCCUUUAGUUGGUGGAUUUGCUAUUGUUCUUAGCACUGGGAAAGCAGCAUUCUUAACAGCUCAUUCAUUAAAAUUUGACCCAAAUCAAGUUCAAGGAAUUUGGGCCAAGGAUGUAGAUGAUGCUACUUGUGCAGCUGUAAAUCACAAAUAUCGUUUAAUUGCAUUUGGAAGAGGAAACUCAGAGGGUAUUGUUUAUUACAUUGAUGAAACUACUGGAGCAUUGGAAGUAUCGCAUACAUUAAGUCUGUCUUCAAAAGAUUAUCCUGGAAAACCAGGUUGCGUUAGAUGUCUAAGAUGGACUCCUGAUAGUUGUGCUAUAGCUCUAGCUUGGGAAGGUGGUGGUUUAGCAAUCUGGAGUACUUUUGGUGCACUUUUAUUAUGCAGCUUAAAGUGGGAUUAUGGUUUGCGUGUAGACUUGACACGUGAUAAUCCCUUACAUAUUCAUACAAUGGAAUGGUCAGCGGAAGGUUACCAAUUAUGGAUGUUGAGAGAAUUACCAGGACCAUUAUUAAUGGAAGAAAAUGGAAAUGAGCUGACACAUGCAAGGCGUUCACUUAUACAAUUAGAUUUUGUAAAAAGCCCUCUUACGGUUAAUCCAUGUAUGGGUCACCAUGGACAUUUAUACUUACAAGGUGAAGAUAGACUUUAUUUAAAUCUUGGUGGUGGUAUGUCCACCACCACAUCAAAUUUUCAUAUUUCAAAUGAAUGUCCCAGUGAUAUUAUAACUCAGACUCUUGCCGGAUGCAAACAGUGGUUAGUCGUUCCAAUUCCAAGUGCUUAUACUGGUUCCAAUUGGCCAAUAAGAUAUACUGCAAUUGACAACGAAGGGUUAAGCAUUGCUGUAGCUGGUAGAACAGGAUUAGCUCAUUAUUCUUUACCAUCUCGUAAAUGGAAACUUUUUGGAAAUGAAAGUCAAGAAAGAGAUUUCAUAGUAACUGGUGGAUUAUUAUGGCAUCGUGGUUUUUUGAUAGCAAGUAGUUAUUCCCUUUUGGACGAUAGAGAUGAAAUUAGAAUGUAUCCACGAGAUACUCGACUCGAUAACAAUUAUGUAAAGAGUAUCAGAAUGCCAUCUCAAGUAUUGUUACUUAAUACACUUAAAGAAAGACUUCUAACGUUUUGUGCUAAUGCACAAAUUAGUAUCUAUGAUAUAAUACUGGAUGGAAAUGGAGAAAUGGAAGAUAUUGAAUUAACUAGAAUACAAACUGUGGAUAUUAGUGGACUUUGCGUGCAUCCUGCUUGCGUUGUAAGUGCAACAUUAACAACAAUUCGUGCAGAAACAGCUGGGAGUCAUCCACAUCCUGAAAGUCUUUUACUCAAUGUUUCUGGACGACUUUUAAUGGUUCAGCGCGAGCAUUGUACUGAUAAUCCUGAUAUCUUUUUUACGUGUAGUCCUCCUACGGUGUUAGCUUCGUGUGUUGAAAAUGUAUGGGUGCCAUGGCGAUCAAGAAGAGACAAGCCUCAUUUAACUGAAGCAUUAUGGUUGUUCUGUGGUGCUCAUGGCAUGCGUGUCUGGCUUCCAUUAUUUCCAAGAAAUCACCAAGAAAAAACACAUACAUUCAUGAGUAAAAGAAUAAUGCUGCCUUUCCACUUGUGCAUUUAUCCUCUGGCUAUAUUAUUCGAGGAUGCAAUCUUAUUAGGAGCUGAAAAUGACACUGUAUUGUUUACGUCUGAUACUAAUUCUCCAUUCUCACUGCCUUUUAGUUUAUUAGAAUUAACGAGUCAAGUUUAUCUUCAUCAAAUAUUACGACAACUAAUUCAUCGAAAUUUAGGAUAUCACGCAUGGGAAAUAGCACGAUCUUGUUCUGCACUGCCUUAUUUCCCACAUUCCUUAGAAUUAUUACUUCAUGAAGUACUGGAAGAGGAAGCAACUAGUAAAGAACCAAUUCCAGAUGCUCAACUACCGUCUGUGGUAGAAUUCAUCCGAGAAUUUCCAGGAGUAUGGGCAAGAGCGGUUGUGCAGUGCGCAAGAAAAACUGAAAUAGCACUUUGGCCAUAUUUAUUUUCCGUUGCUGGACCACCUAAGAAACUUUUACAAGAUUGUUUACAAAGACAACAACUUGACACUGCUGCUAGUUAUUUAAUUAUAUUACAAAAUCUUGAACCAUCAACUGUUAGCAGACAACAUGCUACUCUGCUAUUAGAUGCUGCUUUGGAACAAGGAAGAUGGGAACUUUCGAAGGAUCUUGUUCGCUUUUUAAGAGCUAUUGAUCCAAACGAUGUGGAGUCACCUCGUACAUCUUGGGGUGGUACAACCAAGUUAGGAGGACACACACAAACCCCUCCUUUAUCACCUCAUGAAGAUGACUUAUCUCUCGUAUUAGGAACCAUGCAAGUGUCUAGGAGUCGUAGUUAUAGUACUACAGCAACACCAAAAGUACAAUCUGAAUCAAUGGCUAAAGAUAUUGCACCAUCCUCUAUGUUAGAAAAAACUAGAAAUGUUGUUAUGAGACGAAAAAAAUCUGUACCGACUGUUAAAAUAGAAAAGUCUGAUACCAAAGAAAGCUCAGCCGAAGAAUUUUUCAUUGACGUUAUCUUACAGCGUCACGCACGUCGAUUACUUUCAGCUCGGAGAUUAUUAGAUUUGGGAAGAUUUGCUGCCCAUUUAGAUUUUCAUUUGGUAACGUGGCUUGGUAGAGAACGCGAUAGAGCAGCUAAGAUUGAUGAUUUUAUAGCUGCAUUGAAAGCUGUACACGAAGAUUUUUCAUAUCCUUAUCCAGUUUUGUCGCUUCCUAAUUUACAAAGAUUUCGAAGAUCUAGUCUGACAUCAUUGCGAUCAAUAAGAUCUGUGAAUCUCGAAAGUCCUGAAGAUGAAACAGUGACUCCUAAUUUUGCUAUUGAUUUACCAGAUAGUGGAUAUACAAGUUUACCUAGUGGCAGACCUCCUUAUACUAGUUUGGUGUCUCCUGUUGCUAGCUUAGAAACACAAUUUCCUGCCACUGAAGCGAAAUUAACACCAAAUAUGUUGCAUGAUACGAGUAGCGUAAUUAGUGACGCUAGUACAAUUUGGCGUGAUGACGCUGAGUCAAUUGUGGGAACUGGUGUGGGUACAGUGUGUUGGGUUUCUUCGGAACCAAUAGAGCCAACAGAAAUUCAUGUGGCUUCACAUUGUGCUCCGGUUAGCAGAGCAGAAGUACAACUUAGAUAUCUGUUACAAUUGUUCCUUGAAGGUGGUUGUUUAGGAUGGGCAGCGAUAUUGGCUGUGGUUUUAAGAGAUGUUUCAGCUAUGGCAAGAACUGUGCGAGCAGCACACGCACCAAUGCAAACCCUUGAAUCUAUUACGAAUUUAAGAGAUGGACUUUUAACUCUUACAAGGUGGUCCCAGUCAGAAUGUUUGGGAUAUAGACCAUUUAUAUCAAGUAUACAAGGACAGACAUCGCUUUUAUGUAAAUUAGUAUUGAGUAAACAAAAGCAGGAACAAGAACAAAUACCAGAAAAUCCUUCGCCUGGUCCUGCUCCGACUGUUAACAGUAAUCAACGCGGUAAUCCAUCUCGUUCUCGACACUCUUCCAUUAGUCACGCAUCUGCUAGUACUCCAUUGGAGGAAGAAAGAUCGCGUGAAUCAUCUGUAUGCGUCGAGGAAACUGGAUUCCGUGAAAAUUAUAAUAAUCUCAGUACUAUAGAACGUUCCUCUGAACAAUCUACUUGUAUCAUCUGUUAAACUAAUACCAUUUAAAAUGUUCAUAGAUCUUCAUAGUUUAUUAGAAACUAAAAUUCAAAAAUUUUGUUCUGAAAUUCUUGGAGAUAUGUCUUUUAAUUGAACGUAUUUUUAUUGAAGAAAGAAAUAAAAUUAAAUGUAGAUGUGUUAGUUGGUUAUCGAAUUAAUUUGAGAUAGAAACUAACUUGAAAUAAGAUCUUUAAAUAUAUAAUUUGAGUUUUUGUUUGCAUGUAAAAUCAUUUUCGUACAUACAAUGAUCAUAAAUUUGUUGAAAAAAAAAGAAAAUGAACAAAAAAAAUGUACAAUUCUUAUUUUAAAUGGAUUUUAAUAGAAAUGAAGAUAAAUUUUAAAUACCUCAAAAAUAAUCAAUUUUGCAAUACAUAUUUUCAUUGUAAGAAAUCGUAAAUUUAUCAUAGAACACAUAGCCGAAUACAAUAAUGAGUUGUACGUUCAUUUUAUAGAAGGAAAUUUAGAUAUUGUAGCUUUCAUUCAGUAUUUAAUAUAAGAAAGCAAUUUUAUUUCUCAGAAUUGGUAUAUUAAAUAUUAUCAUAAUAAAGACUGGGAAAUAGAUGCGUAAACAUAUUUAAGUAUAACGAUCAUAUAAUCAUCUAUAGAUUGAAAAACUGAAUAUUUAAAAAAGAAUUCGAUUAGAGAUUUUUUCUUGCAUACAUUUAUUUAAGAAUACGUUGAUCUUGAUUUAAUUAUUAAAGCAAAAGAUA